AUGAACUCCCUCUUCGCCUCAAUAUUCCGUCGCGCGCCGGAGGUUCGUGAGAACCUACCUGUUUUCCCCUACGCGAUCAACAAGAACCCAUAUACAUGCAAACGAACAUGGCCACCGGACUUUACACAGCUGUCUCCCAAACAUAAGUUUCGACUUGAACGCCGUUACCGUCGUCGCGCGAAGCUGAAGUGGGCCAGGCCCCAGUGGACCAAGUUCGUUAAGCUAUCAACAUGGGCUAGCAUUGCCUUUGUGUGCGUAUACGGUGUACUGUUUCUGGAGAUCGAUCAGGGCCGGACGCCGUUCGAUGAUAUCCGCGCAUGGUAUGCUGAGCAGAUGGGUGAGACGUUUCAAAGAGGAGCAGAAGUGGUAAAGCAAGCAGACGACAACAGUCCCGUGGCCACGAAGUGA